AUGGCUUUGGUGCCCGCCGGCAAGGGAGAAGACAAGUCGAGCUACAGGAAGUCCCACCGCGACCACCACGGCGCGACAACGUCGCCCGCCGAGCCACCGACCCCCUUGAUGGCUUUGGUGCCCUCCGGCAAGGGAGACGACAAGUCGAGCCACCGGAAGUCCCACCGCGACCACGCGACCACCGCGACGUCGGCCGCCGAGACAACCUCUACCGGAAGCAGAAAGUCAUCCGCCCGGAAGGGAGACGACAAGUCGAGCCACCGGAAGUCCCACCGCGACCACGCGACCACCGCGACAACGUCAUCCGAAAAGCCAGCCUCCACCCGCAGCGAGCGGAAGCGGCGCUCGGACCCGGACUCCCAGGUGGUGCCUCCUUUGACACUCAACUUAAAGAGAGCAAAGAGCCAAAGUCGUGAAGAAAAGCCCGCCGCCCCCGCCGCUCCAAGUGAAGAGGAAAAGGAAAAGGCUGAGGAGGAGCGAGAGAGACGGCGUCAAGAGAGACACAAACGACUUUACGGAGAAUGGGCCUUGGGGAAAGAAGUCUACAUUAAUCCUGAGAAACGCUGCCCGUACUGCUAUUUUUCCCACAACAUUCCCGCAACGCUUAUGGGGCACAUCGAAGAUGAGCACAAACACGAACUGUUUGUGGACAAGAAGCCCGUGGCGUGGUCCAAGUCCUGA